GCACCUCCCUUUCAAGCAAAGUGUUCUCUCCCUGCACACGAUUCAAUCUACUUGACCACCACUCCCGCAAUGUCUUUGAAAUAUUUUGCCUGUAAAAGUUUCAUUUCUGGACGUUUGAAGACUUUUAAAAACACAAUUUUUCGUGGACUUAGGAGUGAGACGGCAGCGAAUUGCAGUGUGAGUUUGAAGGGUCGCAGCUGUCUGACAUGGAAAGACUUCACCGCAGAAGAAAUCAAGAGGCUUUUGUGGGUGUCUGCUGAUUUAAAACAUCGCUUCAAGCAUGAAAAACAGCAUCUGCCGCUUCUGCAAGGGAAGUCCAUCGCAAUGAUAUUUGAGAAGCGGAGCACCAGAACAAGAAUGUCCACAGAAACAGGCUUCGCUUUGCUGGGUGGACAUCCUUGUUUCCUCACAGCCCAAGACAUCCAUCUGGGAGUGAACGAGAGUUGCGCCGACACUGCGAGGGUUCUAUCAGGAUUGUGCGACAUCAUCCUGGCUCGGGUGUCCAGUCACUCCACACUUGAGGAACUGGAUAAGGAGAGCUCCAUUCCCGUGGUGAACGGAUUGUCGGACCUCUACCACCCAAUCCAGAUUCUGGCUGACUUGCUGACCUUGCAGGAGCAUUACGGGUCCUUGGCCGGACUAACAGUGAGCUGGAUUGGAGAUGGGAACAACGUCCUGCACUCUUUCAUGAUGGCCGCACCAAAAUUGGGAGUAAACUUGAAGGUUGCUACCCCCAAGGGUUAUGAGCCACACCAAAGCAUAAUUGAAGAAGCUGAGAGACUCUCGAAAAAGCACAGUACCCAGCUCAUGCUGACCCGCGAGCCGACAGAGGCGGCUCUCCACAGCGACGUUUUGGUGACCGACACCUGGGUGAGCAUGGGCCAGGAGGAGGAGAAGAGAAAGAGACUCCGAGACUUCCACGGUUACCAGAUUACUAUGCAGACAGGAAGUGCAGCCCGGCCCGAUUGGACUUUCUUGCACUGUCUUCCUCGCAAAAAGGAGGAGGUGGACGAUGAAGUUUUCUACUCGUCUCGGUCACUCGUCUUCCCUGAGGCAGAGAAUCGCAAGUGGACAAUCAUGGGUUUGAUGGUGUCACUCCUGACUGACUACAAACCACAGAUGCCAACGCUCAAGUUUUAAUGUCAACUUUUAGGUGCACUCAAGGCAUCUCUUCUUCAACAAGAAGAUCCAGCUUUGAUUGUCUAUUGCGACUUUGGAAUAUGAAAUAACAUCAUUAUGGGUCAUU